AUGGUUGCAUUAACUGAAUGCUCUGGUUUUGCUGUUGUUCCUUACAUUCUUAUACUUUUUGUCUUGUUUUCCAUCAACUGUCGAGGGGAAAGAGUUUCAGAACAAACAACUGUCAUCGACAUCGGUGUAGUUCGAAACUCAAAAUCACCUUUCGGUGAGAUGAUAAAUCUGUGCUUAGAGAUGGCAAUUUUAGAUUUUUACACAGCAAAUCCUGACUAUAAGACAAGGAUACGGCUGCGGACUAAGGAUGCAGAAGACGCGCUCGGCAUUAGUCUUGCAGCUCUACACUUAGUGCAGCAGGAUCAAGUGCAUGCAAUCUUAUGGCAUCACGAACCAGAGCAAGCAGAGUCGUUUGUCGUCGAGCUCGGCCGAAAAUCCCGAGUCCCGAUAAUCUCCUUCGCCUCAACCACCGCCGAUUUUUCUGCCCCACAAAACGAUUAUCUCGUCCGGGCUUCCCUAGAUGACUCGGUCCAUGCUCGGGCCCUUGCGUCCGUUUUUCAAGAAUUCGCGUGGAAAAACGCCGUAAUUCUCUAUGAAGACUCCGCCGCCGGCCGCCGGUUCCUCUCCCGCCUCAACGCCGCGUUCCGGGACGCCGGAAUCGCGCUUUCCGACGCUGUAGCCGUGCCUCCAUCUGCGGGCAGGGCCCACAUCCUCGACGAGCUGGCCGAGCUGAAUGCGAACCAGACGGUCAAGGUCUUCCUAGUCUAUGCGGGCCCCACGCUCGGGUCCCGGUUGUUCGCCGCGGCCGAUGAGGUCGGCAUGAUGCGAGACGAGCAUGCGUGGAUAAUCACGGGCGCGAUGUCCGACUUCGCGAUGAGCUUCGUCGAUAUUCGAGACGCUCAUCGGGAGUCGAUGGACGGAGCCGUGGGCGUGAGGGCCCGAGUCCCUCCUUCGGACGAGCUCGGAAAAUUCCACGAGAGGUGGAGAAUAAAAAGUACGAUUAUGAAGAUCGAGAAAGAAAAGGAAGACGAUUCGUGGAGGAUAAUGGACCUAAAUGUUCGCGGGCUUUGGGCUUACGACACGGUGACCGCAUUAGCAACUGUGGUGGAGAAGAUCGUGCGGUCGAACGCGAGCUCGAGCUCUAGAUCUGCUUUUGGCCCCCGACUACAAGAAGAAAUGUUUAGCAUUCGAGUCAAGGGUUUAAGCGGAGAGUUUGAGCUAUUGAACGGGACGCUAAAGCCCUCAGCGUUGGAGAUAUUCAAUGUCAUGGGAAGUGGAGAACGGAGGUUAGGAUUUUGGACGCCCCAGAACGGGAUAGUAAGAGAUUUGGAUUCAAUGCCGGUUAAAGAACUUAAAAGAAUCGUGUGGCCGGGAGAUUCCGCUACGCGGCCAAAGGGGUGGGCCGUACCACCGACGGGCCCGGUUAGGAUUGGAGUUCCGUGGAAACAGGGAUACACGGAGUUUGUGAAGGUGAAGAUCGACAACAAAACAAAACAAGUAGAGGCAACUGGGUUUGUUAUCGAUAUCUUCUUGGCAACGUUAAAGGUGUUGCCUUUUCCGAUCAAUUACACGUUUGUUUGCUAUAACGGUACGGGUGACUCGGAUUGGAAAUAUGACGACAUGCUUGCCGGGAUAUCGGAAAAGAAAUUCGACAUGGUGGUUGGGGACACGACGAUUCUCUCUUCACGAGCAUCGUACGUUGAUUAUUCACUACCCUACGCCGAAUCGGGACUCGUUCAUCUCGUCAAGAAUGAAAAGCCAUUCGACAUGUGGAUUUUCACCAGGCCGUUGAGGUGGGAUUUGUGGCUGGCUAUCACACUGUCAUGUGUGAUCAUGGGAUCGGUUAUCUUGGUUCUUGAACGCGGGAUUACUAAUCCUGCUCCCAUCGACCGACCCAUAACGGUCUGUUUGGCUCCCAUUGAAGUUCUGGCUUUCCAAGAAAAAAAUAACGUAUCGAGCAAAUGGUCGUUCUGCAUGUUGAUUUGCUGGUCGGUUGUGGCGUUCAUAUUGAUGCAGAGCUUCACGGCCAACUUGUCGGCAAUCCUGACCGUCGAUCAGCUGAUUGAGAACCCGGACCACAAUUGCUACAUCGGGUACCAAGGCGCAUCGUUCGUCAAGUCAUUUUUGGUCAACCAACUAAAAUACAACGAGACUCAACUAAAAAAUUACACGUCCCCUGACGAGUUCCACCAGGCAUUGCGAAAAGGGAGCAAAAACGGUGGCGUGGACGUUGUGAUAGACGAGAUCCCUUACGCGAAACUUCUCAUAAACCGGUACGACUCGAGGUACAAGGUUUACGGGCAGACUUACAGAAUCGAAGGCCUUGGCUUCGCAUUUCCGGUUGGGUCGCCACUGGCGCCGUAUUUCUCGAGAGCUAUACUAAACGUGACGCAAGGUCCGGAGAUGACGUUCAUCGAGCAGAAGAACUUCGGGCCGGGCUAUUCGUCCCAAGACCCGCUCUCGUCCACCCUGUCACAAGGGACCUCCAGCCUGUCUUUCUACGACUUUGCGGGUCUCUUUAGUAUUGUGGGGUCGCUAACUGUGGCAGCUGUGGCCUGGUCCGAGAGGGCCGCUGUAUUUGCUGCGAUGGGUUAUGUAAGACAAGUCGUUGGCAAUGUUGCAUAUUACAGGCUUUACAGCUUUAAUAUGCUGUGCUCACUACGGUCAUGCGCCGGCUACGGGCGCCUGCAAAGCCUGGUGGAUUCGAUCCACGGACUAUUACGUAGUUCUUUUCUGUCGCCGGAGUUGCAGUGUGCGGCGGCUGCAAUUCUCCGUGGGACACUCCUCGCUGUCAACAUUGGUGUGGUUCGGAACUUAAGCUCGCCCUUCGGGAAAAUGAUUAAUUUUUGCGUAGAGAUGGCGAUUUCAGAUUUUUAUUCAGCACAUCCAAAUUACACAACAAGGUUGGGACUGAGGUACAAGGAUGUACAGGACUUGCUUGAUGUUGAUCUUGCUGUUCUAGAGUUAGUGGAGCAUGAACAAGUGCACGGAGUUAUCGAGCCUCAGGGGUCAGCAGAUGAAACAUUUGUUGCCGAACUCGGCAGAAAAGCUCAGGUGCCCGUUUUUUCAUUUGCUCCAAGAGGCUUGCUCCUGCCUGGCUCAGAAAGCCCCUACUUUAUAAGGACAUAUGUUGAUGAUGCAGUUCAAGCUCAGGCGCUAGCUGCCAUCUGCCGGGAAUUCAAGUGGAAGGAGGCCGUGAUCGUCUUUGAAGACACGGAUUCCGGCUACCAAUUUCUAUCUCGUCUGAGCAAGUUAUUCCGGGAUGCUGAAAUUGUGCUGGCCCAUCUGGCAGCCUUGCCGGCCUUGGCCGAUGAGAGCCGUCUCGCCAAGGAGCUCGAGUUUCUGAAGCAAAACCUAACGGUCAAGGUCUUUCUGGUGCACGUGGGGCCCACACUUGGUGUCCGGCUGUUCACUCUCGCCGAGAAGCUUGGGAUGAUGAGCGAAGGGCACACAUGGGUAAUCACCGAUAGACUUUCCAACUUUCUGGGUUCUGUGGGCCCAUCUGCCCGUUCCCUGAUGGAAGGCGUGGUGGGGCUUAGGGCCCACGUUCCCUUCUCCAGCGACCUUGAGAGUUUCCGGGAGAGAUGGAAGGGGAACGACACGGAUUUGAACAUCCACGGGCUGUGGGCUUAUGAUACAGUAACUGCCUUAGCAAUUUCGUUAGAGAAGAUUGGACAAGACAAUUUGAGAAUCCCGUCUCUUGGUCCUCUGUUCCUAAAGGAAUUGUCUGGGAAUAGGUUCCGAGGCUUGAGCGGAGACUUUGAAUUUCUCGAAGGGAGGCUGAAGUCCCCGGCAAUUGAGAUAUUCAAUGUGGUUGGGAGUGGAGAGAAAAGUCUGGGAUCCUGGACGCCCGGUGGGGGAAUCAUGAAGGAACUCAGGAAGGCCAUGUGGCCAGGAGACUCCACAAAGCAGCCAAAGGGCUGGUCAGUCCUACCAUCUGGAAUGCUCAGAGUUGGGAUCCCUUGCAACUCGGGGGCCCCAGAGUUUAUCAAUAUCUCGGCAAUUAUUGAUCCUUUAACAAACGAAAUAAAUGCCAACGGGUUUGCAGUUGACGUGUUCUUGGAAGCAUUACAUGAGCUGCCUACGCAUAUCGACCACAGAUUCUAUUGUUACGGUGAUAUGAAUAACACUGAUUGGAGUUACGACGACAUGCUUCAGCAGAUACCUGAGAAAUUUGAUAUGGUGGUAGCGGAUGUGACCAUUUGGGCGCCACGGACAUUAUAUGUUGACUUCUCGCUGCCCUAUCUUGAGUCGGGAAUUGUUCUGGUUGUCAAGAAGAAGAUGAUUGGCAUGUGGAGUUUCACCAGGCCGUUGAGGUGGGAUCUAUGGCUGGCGAUCUUUGUGUCGUGUUUAUCAAUGGGAUUAGUUAUACGGGUUUUGGAACGCCGGGAGACCAACAAUAAUGCUGGGAGACAUCCAUUUGGCACAACAUAUUUAGCUCCCGUUGCGGUUCUGACUUUCCAAGAAAGGGGUAUGGUCUCGAGUAAUUGCUCAAAGUUCGUACUGAUUUGCUGGGUGUUCAUGGCAUUUAUACUAAUGCAGAGCUUCACUGCAAAUUUAUCUGCUAUUCUAACUGUUGAUCAACUGAAAUUUGCAUUUUCCGAGGAUUACUAUUUAGGCUACCGUUCAAGUUCCUUCACCAAGAAGUUUCUGGUGAGGAAUCUGAAUAUUGAUAAAUCGAGGCUCAAGCCCUACAUUACUGACGAAGAAUUCCAUGAUGCCAUGAGUAAAGGUAGCAAGAAGGGGGGAGUAGAUGCCAUCUUUGACGAGAUUCCCUACAUGAAGCUAUUCAUGAAUAAAUAUAAAUCUAAGUACAAAAUAGUCGGACCAACUUACAGAACAGAUGGUCUUGGCUUCGCCUUCCCCUUAGGCUCACCCCUCGCUGCGAAUUUCUCGAGAGCAAUCUUGAAAUUUUGUGAAAAUGGACAGAGGGAAAUUUACGAGAAAAAGAAUUUUGGAUCUGGCUAUUCUACCUUAACCGAGCAGGAGACUUCAAGCCUCACUUUCUAUGAUUUCUCGGGCCUUUUCUAUGUUUUGGCUUCGGCGGCUGUAUGCGCAGUGGUUUGCUCUGAGACCAAAAUUCUAAGUAGAUUCAGUAACAUGUGCUUCUUUUUGAAUAAUGGAAGAAAUGUAAAUGCCGUUUUUCCUGAAGCUGCAGUUUCAGACAAGCAGGAGCCCGAGGAAGACAGUGAUGCUGAUGGAGAUAUUUUUGAGGAUGCUUUGGAUUAUGAGGCCGAUGAUGUUCAAGCUGACAGAGUCUCUGAAGUUGAGUGGGUGAGUGAUCUGCUUCUGGAUAAUAAAAAGGAAUGGAAUGCCCCACUGAUUCAAAAGCUAUUCACAGAUCAAGAGGCCACUGAAAUCCUCAACAUUCCUCUUGAGGAUACUGGAAGAAAAAGGAGAUUGCAGUACCUGAAAGCAACACUAGUACAACCAUUAAGAGGAAGAUGUGGUCUGCCACCUGGAGUCUCCAGGGAUUUGGAGGAAGCUGUUCUUACUGGUAUUCAGCAAGCACUUUGGAAAGCUUUCAUGUUGGAUUGGAGGAGCAUUGAGAUUGUGAUUGAUGAUGAGGUUAUGAACUGCGGCGGAACACCUUACCUCGGGAGUCGAUCGGUUCCAAGUAACUACAAUGUUGUUACAAAGAGAUGCUUAUCAUUUAGCGCGAAUAUCGAUGAUUUCGCUUUACCGGAUGGGUCGAUUCCCGACGCGGGCUCCCGUAUAAGCCUCGUUGACUCUUCUAUGCCCGGCCGGGUGGAUUGGAUCAGCGGACCCGACUGA